UAACACUACUUCCUAACUCGUUGGACACGUGAACUGGAUGUUUCAUGGCGCGUCAUAACUUUCCUUCCCCGUCGUCAAGUGGCCCUCGCUCCAUGUGCGGACUAACACUUGAUACCUCGAUCGUCAAACCAAGGCAGCGUUCCAGUUCACAUCGCUCACUGCACCAGAGUGCAGCAAGUAUUGUGGUAGCGGUACCUGACGUCUAUUAGCGUGCGUGGAUUUCAAACCCACUCACUUACCCUCCUCGUUGAUGGAGCCAGAAUCCAAGCCUCUUGAACAGGAACAAGAGCUGGUUCAAGACCCUCCUGUUUCGGCCGAUCGCAAAGAUGAGGAUGAGGAGGAGGAGGAGGAGGAAGAGGAAGACAGGAUUGUGGAAAAGUCACCAAAUAGUCGCUUUCACAAGCGCAAUAAACGUUUUCCGAAACAAAUUGUGGGUGUAGAUAGUGCGUUUGUGGCUAUCGAGCCCAAGUCAGGCAAAGAAGUGAUCUGGAAUGAGUGUAUCCUCUCGGAUAAAAAAGGCGAAAAGGAAAACAGGUAUCUUUCCAUCAUAAAAAAGUUAAAGCGGAAUUCACACCCGUUUCUGGCUCGGUUUCUUGACGCUUGGAUCGCUAAACCUGAUGAUGGACCACGAAAAUUGGCCUUCAUCACCGAACGGCUUGACGAGUGCUCCUUGAAACAGUUUCUGUGCAAUUCCCCGAAAAAUAACCGGUCUUGGAAACGGCAUGUUGGCCAGUUACUCUCUGUGCUCAUGUUUUUGCACCGUCUCGGCAUUGCGCACGGUAAUCUGACCAAAGAGACGAUUUACUAUCAAAAUUCUGGGAACCUACGUGUUGGCCCUUUUUCUUUGGGUGGAUGUUUAGAUCAAAAGUCUCAGUCAUCUGACGUGUACGCCCUGGGAGUGGUGGCACUUGAGAUUGCCGUCUGGACUCCCACGGAAUUCCCUCAAAGCCUCUCACCUUCGGAAUUGUGCCAAGAGAUGCUUAUUCGGCUAGAGAACGCCGAUCAACGCAGCUUCAUUGAUACCUGUUUUGAAUCGAAUGCACCUGCAGGGAAUCGCAUCAAACGUCUCAUCAAUCACAACGCUGUAACGGAAGUUCCAGUUUUGAAAUUGUUAUCCGCCAAGGUCCUCGUUGAUGCCAUGCGGUCGGUGACGAGCGAAGAUGGUGCAACCACCGAGCAGACCGGAUUCGCCACCCUCCUUAAAGAAUACCUUAGCCGUUACGAAGAUGAAACAGUGAUUGUCGAAGUGCAUUUCGCACAUGACAAAAUCGUUAAUUCCCGCUCUUGGAAGGAUUUCCGGUCCAAUUUCACACUUACUUCAAAAUUUUUGGACGACGUAAAAAACGGUUUCUAUCCUCUCUUCGGCUGUCGCUGGCAUUGGGCUCCUUACCAGGAUGAGGACGACGAAUCAUGUGCUGCUGCUGGUGCAGGGACCACGAAUGGUACGGGAGCAACUGCUCCCUCGAGUGGGCACUUCAAUCGCACGGAUAGCGGUGUGAUCCCCAGCCAAGCACAUUCAUCUGGAGCUUCUACAGUACCAAGUGCCUCUGUCUCUCGUAAACAAUCAAGUGCUACCAGGACUAGCGAAGGAACUGGUGGAGCGCCUGUGUUACAUGAGGACGAGUUCGAAGCCAGUGAUGUACACCCCUUACCGCCAUCGGUUGCGCGGUCAUCUAGUCUGUGCGACUCCUCCCAAAGCCGAUCAUCGUUUCUGGCUCAUGGUCAUCAGAGUGACUCGGGUGUGACAACUCAGCCUCCGUUUUCCAAAACCAUCCGCAGUCUUGCGCAAGACGACGAACCAUCCGCACAAGCCACCGCCUCAUUUUUCAUCGGUUCCGGUUCGGCGGGUAGCGGUAUUCCCAUUCAUCCGGACGAAGGGGAACGAUUGACGCGCAGUCACUCUUCCUCCCCACACGGGCGUUCGGCUGCUUCCUCCGCGACCGAUCAUCCCGACACUCGUGUACCGGCGAGCGAAUUGACGACGGGUUUGGUCACUGAACACCCCCUCGGUGCCACACUGUACGGACGGACGAGCAAUACCACGGAGAACGCUGAUCCCCUGAUUCAUGCACAGACUUCUACUAUCGCACAAAUGGGAGCAUCAGCCUCUCCAUCGAGUCCGCCCACACAAACCCAGUAUUCCCUUGCGGCGGAUCAGCCGGUCGCGGGUCCAGACCGUCGACUGACCGGCGAACUAAAAGAGUCCGGUAGCCUACCGGCUCUUAAUCAGAUCACUCAAACGACAGGACUGAUUGAUGAAAUUGCUGGUCAGGAACUUGUUGGGCGCUCCAUCGCUCUAGUUGGUUUCCCUACAGAAGAUAACCGGGUGUCGGCCGAAAGGCUUGGAGCGCUUGCUCGCUACUCUAAAUCGGCCGAUGACGCGGUGGACGAUGAGGCUGAAGAUGAGGACAAAGACGAGGAAGAUGACGACGAUGACAAUGAUGAUGAAGAUGAAGAGGACGACGACGAUGAUGAUAAAAAUGUUGGUGAAUCGGUCGAGCGUUUUGAACCUCAGACAAUUCACGUGGCUGCUCCCGACCGGGCUCCGGCGUAUCCUGCCUUGUUCACACACUGCCAGUACUUUUACAUUGGAGCCGGUCGGUGGCAGGUCUACGUGCAAAUGUGGUUUGUGGAGGACCGUCUGAAGCGCGAGGCAUUUGUGCAAGUGUUCGAUGACGAAUGGCAUGAUUGUCAACGUGUGGCCGACUUAUUCGAAGCGUCACGUUGCGUGAAUCCGGCGGACCGCUCGAACCUAGUGCGUUUGCUUUCCUUGGCCAGACACAAUUGCCCGCUCAUCGACGGGGAACUCCAAUUGCCAGGCCCGCUGAAAUCCCGAAGCAGUCAUUUUGAUGCGUUUGAGCUGCACGAGAAGUUAACCGCACUGCGACUACAUCAACAGGCUCGUGAACAGUUCGUGCAUGAGACCGCGGUACCAAAUGACUCCUUACUAGCUGAGAACGCUCCCCACUCGUCCGCGCCCACCAAGUCUCUCGAUACCGAACAACUUAGUUCGGUCCCUACUGAAAAAGUAAGUGCAAUUUCUUUUUUGUUAACUGCUCCCACAUUAGAAAAUUGCAUAGUGGAUAUGUUUUCCCCCCAGACAACUGACUUAGUGUACGUACUGAGGUUGCUUCGCUUUCAUGAUCUCUCGGUUGGUCAACUUAUUCAUCCGCCAUCUUACCUGACACUGGUUCAUCCGCAGACCAGCCACAUUUGA